CCGAAAAACAGAAGCUGAACAGUCAAAACAUAAACAGAGCUAGCACACACUCGUGAGCGCACAUAGUCUUUAAUUUGACUGUUUCUUUUGACACGCAUCCUUCAUGUCGUGUGUUUUUACUCCAAGAUUUUCUGUCCAAGGUGCUAUAGCUAGCUAAGUAACGUUAGUAUAGUAGGUUGAAGACAAUAAAUCUGCGCCGAAGAUUAGAACAAACGACGUACUGUAGCUAGCUCCGCUCAUCGGGCCUAAGACUUGUAGUUAGAGGCUCUCCUCCUGUCCACACGAAGAGAGAAGCAGGAUGGCUGAGGCAGAUGGUAAAUCCAGUGAGCUUAAUGGUGGGUCUGAGGAGCCAGAUCCAGGAGAGGACCAGUGUGGGGAGGGAGAUGCUUCCACAGCCACAGAGGGGCAGUCUGGCUCUCAAGCAGCUCCCAAAAAGGCAGGAGACAGCGCAAAGGACAAGCCAAUGCCAGAUGCAGAGGGUGAGAAGGUGCCUGGCGAGGGAGAGGAGGAGGAAGACACAGACAGCAUGGACGGCAGCGGCCUCUACUCCCUGAACGAGGAAGGGGAGCGAGAUGGUGAGGGGGGUAGAAGAGAGAGAGUGAAGGAGAGAGAUGCAGGUAAGAGGGCCGCCAGAAAGAGGAACCGCCCGAGCGGUGGCACCGCUCACCACUCCUCCAGCUCUGAAGUGGAGGAUGAUGAGGAGGAGGAAGAGCAAGAAGAGGAAGACGAGCAGGCCAUGGACGUGUGGCUGGGGGAGGAGCUGCGUGAUCUUGGCAGGCCAUCAUGGCGGGCGGUGCCCUCCCUGCAGUUGAGGGAGAUUGGCCGGGGCUCACACCAGUUUGUGAGACGUGUGUGUGGCGCGCGGGGGCUGGUCCAGAGGCUGGAGCUACAAGGGCGCCUGGAGAGACACACCGGCUGUGUGAACACCCUGCACUUCAACCCCUCAGGCACACGCCUGGCCUCUGGCAGUGAUGACCUACGGGUGGUGGUGUGGGACUGGGCACGUCGUCGGGCUGAGCUGGAGUUUGACAGUGGGCAUAAGAGCAAUGUCUUUCAGGCCAAGUUUCUUCCCCACAGUGGAGACUCAACUCUGGCCAUGUGUGCCCGGGACGGUCAGAUCAGAGUGGCUGAGCUCUCUGCCAUGCAACGCUGCAAGAACACCAAGAGAGUGGCUCAGCAUAAAGGGGCAGCACACAAGCUGGCCCUGGAGCCAGACUCUCCCUGCUGUUUUCUGUCGGCUGGGGAGGAUGCCGUGGUGUUUGGCAUCGACCUUCGCCUCGACCGGCCUGCCAAUAAACUGGUGGUGGUGAAGGAGGGGGAUAAGAAAGUGGGGUUGUAUACCAUCUUUGUGAACCCUGUCAACACACAUCACUUUGCUGUGGGAGGGAGAGAUCAGUAUAUCAGGAUCUAUGAUCAGAGGAAGAUAAAUGAGAAUGAUAAUAAUGGCGUACUGAAGAAGUUCUGUCCAUCUCACCUGGUGUCCAGCGAGUCCAAAACUAACAUUACCUGCUUACUGUACAGUCACGAUGGAACAGAGCUCCUGACAAGUUACAAUGAUGAGGACAUCUACUUGUUUGACUCCAGCCACAGUGAUGGUGCAGAUUACUGCAGGCGAUACAAGGGCCAUCGCAACAACGCUACAGUGAAGGGGGUUAACUUCUAUGGUCCUAGCAGUGAGUUUGUGAUCAGUGGCAGCGAUUGUGGACACAUCUACCUGUGGGACAAGGUCUCAGCUCGCAUAGUCCAGUUCAUGGAGGGAGACAGAGGAGGAGUGGUGAACUGCCUGGAGCCCCACCCUCACCUCCCAGGUCUUGCCACCAGUGGUCUGGAUCAUGAUGUUAAACUUUGGGCCCCCACUGCCGAGAACCCCACAGGGCUCAAGGGCCUCAAAGACGUGAUGAAGAAGAACAAGCGUGAGCGUGACGAGGACACUGUUCGACAUGGAGAUCAGUACGACACACAGCUCCUAUGGUUCCUCAUGAGACACAUGAGAAACAGACGGUCCCAGAGGACACGUCGGGAGGGUGCAGAGGGAGAGACUGAUGAGUCAUGGAGCUCUCCAGAUUCCUCUGAUGAAGAGGAUGGAGGGCCAGACCACGUCCAGUGCAUGUCCUCCUGAGCCAAAGACAUAUACAAGCCAGCCACACACACACACACUGCAUUGCCCUAGUAUUGAUGCAUAUAUGCAGGCACUAUUGGCUCACACAUGAACACUGGGAGACCAUGAAGUAACAGUAAAAAGGUACACGCACACACACACACAGAGACAUACAAACAACUGAGAGGGAGGGUGACUAGUAUAGACAGACACAAAACCUCACUUCUAAUCAGACAGGGAGUGAUUGUAGACAGUUGUGUUCAUGCACAGUCUGAGGGGAGGGGGCUGAUGCACUCUCAACACUGAUUUUAUUCUAAAUGGGGUUCUAGGGAGGCUGAUGAGUGCUCACAUCCUUACACAACCAGUUAGACUCAUCUACACCCAUACAUAUGCUCUGCCAAGCCAGAGAACAUAAGAACUUCAACAUCUCACAAUCAGUUGGCCGUCACCUGCAAUGCACACGUUACCCCACUCUCUUUCCCCUCUACUUUUCUGUUAGGGGAUUUGAAGAGAGUGGGGGAAGAAAGGGGUUGAUGUACCUUCAGACCUUUGGAUCAACCCUAAAAUGUGAUUCACUCCAUUUUUUUUUCAAGGGCCAAACCAGAGCCCCUAACAACCUCUCUAGGGUUAGCCUCAGAACAUCCGCAUGUGGUCUGUAUUUUUGUAUUUUUUUUCACUCCCUCAGCCCAACGCCUUCCAACAACCCCCCCACUCCCAUCCCAUGCUACUGAGUGCACUUUAAUCAGGGAUGUUUGGGUUUCUUAGACAAGUGUACGCUGGAGGGGCCAACCAUGCAUUGUUAUGAAACAUUGGCUAUGUUGGCUCCCCAGAACACCUCAGUAAAGUAAAGGUGCGUCGUAAAAUGAGACAGGUAUUUGACUAGUUGUUUAGUUUGGGAUAUGCACUUAGCAGGAGUGUCUUGAACAGAGCUCCAGCUGAAAGAUUCCCUUUCCUUCCACCAACUUAACCCCCUCCCUCCUUUACACUCCUCCGGGACGAGCACCCUGACCUAAGCCUCUACCUCCCUAAAGGCCUUCCCACGCUGUACGUCAAAAUCUGUAUUUUACCAUUAUUACAUGUCACACUGUGCGAUGUUACCAAAUUAAAAUCUUGAUAUCAACCUGGCCAGAUUGUACAAUUUGCUUCAGUUCUGUUGUCACAUUCUGCGAUUGGCUAUUACAACUGCAGCACUGUGUUUGAUCUGUGCAUGAGCCAGCACCAGCAGUGCAAGCCUCCCAAGCCAAUUUGGAGAAAAUUAAAGUAUGCAUCUUAGAAAUAGUUUUCACAUACAAACGUAUAUAUGUCUGAACUCAGAAUCAAAUGGGCAUCCCAAUAAUAACAUGGUCGUUGUGGUGGAACUUUUAUUUUGAUUGCCGAUUUUGUGCAUUUAUCAAAACCCCAUCAAGUAGCCUGUUUUCAGAUGUCAUGUAAACAAGAUUAUUAGGGAAAUCGUUCUUGCAAAGCAUGUAAAUGUUUAAAUCAAACUAUUAUAUUAAUCUGACUUAAUGUGUGCAUAAUCAGUGUCAGCCAUGUUGUUAUUAGUCGUAACACCAGCCACACAAUACGAUAAAGGCCAACAUUUCUGACACGGCUAGAACUUUGUCGAAGCCAUAGACCCUGUAACACUGAACGACCCAAGAUGUCCAACAAUUGUUUACGACCUAAGAAUUUGACCGCGAUGUGGAUAUUUUGGCUGUGAUGGCAAUAUCGUGGCAUAAGACGGCUGAAAUCGUAGUCUGUGCGAGCCUUAUCCCAUCUUUCUCUGAGCGUACACGUCUUUGAGCUGGAGGGCUGCUGAGGAACACCUGAAUGGUCUCAUUGUAUAUAUAUAUACAGUACAUCCAAAAGGAUUCUCACUUUUCUGUUUGAGGAACCCUGAAUCUACCUACAUCCAUGGCUCAUGCCAGCUGUCAGUCUCUGCCAGAGUUCAGACUCCGUAAAGGAGAAGCGGGGGGUUGAUCAGUCUCUGGAGAUCAAAGCAUCUGGGUAGCAGUGCUGAUCUUGGAUCUGUCCAUAUAAUCUUAUUCAUUAUGAUCUGAAACUGAUCCUGGAUCAGCACUCUUACUUUGAGAUGCUUUGUGGUUUCGGCCCAGAUGUAGAGACUGCUGUUUGGCUCUCUUUGGCCUUUGUGGGAUUUAAGAAGCCGUUCCUCAAUCUGUAUUUGAGGCCAUCUGCCCUGUCAGACCUUCCGGGGGGACAGGAGGAGGGAGGAUCGAUCUGCUUGCCAGUUGUUUUUGUUUGAGAGCGAUAAAGUCCAGCUUUUUCUCUUUUUGUGUGAGAUUAUAAAAGUUUGAAUUCAUGUACAUAUAUUAAAACUGUAUAGAAAUAAUCUUUAGCAAUGUUUGACUUAAGAAAAUGUCAAAAUAUUUGAUUGGUAUUGAUGCAGGGGUUUAUAUUAUAUAUGAGGAUGAAGUACUUUUAAAAUGAAGAUACGAGGAUGGCUUUAGUUUGUUUUUCUUCUGUAAAUGACAACCCCAAUUGUUACAGUAUAUCGGUAGGAUUCAGUUAAACAAUGAAUCAAGUUUGGUUCCUUCUCAUUUUCAAUUUACAAUUUUCUCUGUCCUGCUGGCUGUUUUUAUUUGUUCUUGUAUAUAUAUUUAGGCUUUUGAUCAAUGAUUUAUCCCACUGCUGCCUAAUAUUGUGUUCUACCGGGUCAGUUGGAAACAUGUAUGAUUUGUGCAAUAAACAGAAGACUAUCCCUUGUUAUUUUGA